UUAUUUUUAAGUUCAUCUAUAUGCGCAGAUGAAAAGACAAGCAAAAACUGGGUUAAAGCAUUUAGUGGUUUUUCACUUUCCUACACUAACACUUCUCCCCCUACCUCUCCUCACUGUCUGUUUCAGCUGAUAAAGAAACAGCUUCUGAGAGCAAGGACAGCGUCAACAGCGCGAGCUCCAUCGGCUUCACCUCAGUCUAUUCAACUGCCUUCGGUUGUUUUGGAUAAUAUAAAUAAGUCAACCCCACCUACACCUUUAAGCAGUAAGCCACCUUUUUACACAAGUGUUGAGCGUGCGGAAAGAGAAAAGGCAGAAGUACUUGAAAAGAUUGUCAAAGUACAUAAAAAGCAGACAUUUGCAUCAAGACUCAAACGUCGACAGUCUAGAAGAGCGCUGAACUUGGAAAUUGAAGAACAUAUUCAUAUUCCAGAGGAAAAUGAGUACACUUGUUCUGAUCCCAGCCGGGCUUUUACUUUUGCAAGAACUUGCCAUACUAACAAACAAUCUGUAAGAAAUUUUAUCAAUGAAAGGAAGGAAAUAUUUCGACUGCAGUAUGCAAUAACAGCAAAACAAGAAGCUAUAGAGGAGCUGGAAAGAACAGCAGUCCAGAAGGAAAAAGAGUUCAGGUUUGCUGAAGAAAAGCUGAAAGAAGAUACCGUUGCAUUCGAGGAAUUCCUGAAAGCAAAUGAUGGAAGUUCUGCAAAUGCAGCUAAAAUUGUAGCCCAAGAAAAGAAAUCAAAAGAGCAAGCAGCAGGAGAGCUCAAAUCAGCUGUUAAUGAACUCCGUGCAGUUCAAAGACAAAUUGCAGAAGCUGAAGUCUGCCUAAAUGACUACUUAUACUAUGAAGCAUUUUUAAUGAAAUUGUCUCCAAAAGAAUGGCAAGAUGAGCAAAAAGCAAAAAAGAAGAAAGCAAGAGCAGAAAAAUUACAUAAACCACAGUGUGGGCAAAUGCCUUCAAAGAAGCUGUCAGGAUCCGAUUUGGCAAUACAUGAAUUCCAAUCAAUAAUGACUAAUAAGAAAAUGUCAUCACCCAGGUAUCAAAAUGAAAAUACCUUUAAAGAUUAUGACUAUUUCUUGGACGACUUAGACUAUGAUAUGGAACCAGAGAUAUAUUUCAGUGAUCCAAAACAGUUACUGGAGAUCUUCACAGAUCUAGAGGAACAAAAUCUUGCAUUGAUUCGUGAUACUGAAGACUUAGCAGAAAUAUGGGAUGAUAUCAAACAAACAACAAAAUCUAUAAAACUAAAAAUAGAUGAAAAAGUAAAUGUUCUACUGGCACAAAAAGAAACUCUAGAAGCUGCCUGCCUCAGAGAAGAGGAAAAAAGUGCUGAGCUGGCUCUUAGGGCCAGGAUGUUUUCUUUUGGGGAGUUUAAUCCAGAAGUCCAGGACAAGACAUUGCAUAUGCUUAGGAAAAAGAUUGAAGAAGUCUACAAAGUUAGUUCUGGAGAGGUAGAGACAACACACAUUGAUGCAAUUGAAAUGCUGAGACAAAUAGAAAAUCGGGUUGAGGAGCUGUGUGAUAUAACAGAGACCAUUCCAAAAGAAACUAUUGAAGCAAUUGAGAAAACUAAGAGAAAGGAAAGAAGACAAAGAUUACGUGAAGAAAAAGCAAAGGAAGCAAAGAAAAUUCAGGAAGAACGACUGAAGUGUUCUCUGCAAAGAGCAAUAGCAGAACCCAAGAAAAAGGUGGGAAGACAACUGGUAUAUCGGUCAAAGCCUCUAGACCUUAGAGAUUCAGGCCGUCAAAAUAUCAUCACAAAAACUCAAGAAGACACAUGGUUUUUUACUUAAGUUUGGAGAUUGUGGUUAGAUACAGUUUCGCAGGGGUAUCUUUUUACUUGGUUUACCUAAACUAUAACCGAUUCAUAACCUUUACUAUAUUCUAUUAACGGAGAAUUUACCAAAUUAAAUUAGGCAGGCAAGGUUCUUUGAGUAGAUGUGGUAUCUUUUAUUAAACCAACUGAGUAGUUGGAAAAAAAUUCUUA